AUGGCGAACUCCAAAGCAGUCUGGGCAAACGGCCCUUCGGUCCCCCUCACCACCCCCUUCCGCGCUGACGAGAGCAUCGACCACGAGGCGCUCGCCAAGCAGGUCGUCAGGCUCGCGAAGGCCAAGAUGGGCAUCGUUCUCUUGGGGACCAACGGAGAGGCUUCCCACUUGUCUCGCGAGGAGCGCCGCUCGGUCGUCAAGACCGGUCGCAAGGCUUUGGACGACGCUGGGUUCAAGGACGAGCCCCUGCUUGUCGGAACCGGCGGUGGAUCAGCCGCCACCACCGUCGAGCUCACGCAAGAUGCUGCCGAGGAGGGCGCGACCCACUCGAUAGUCAUCUGCCCUGGUUACUUCGCCUUCGCCAUGGGCCGUGACCGUGUUGCCAUUGUCGACUUCUUCAAGAAAGUCAUGGACAAGAGCCCCAUUCCCGUCAUGAUCUACAACUUCCCCGGCGCCGCCUCUGGUAUCGACCUGAACUCGGACGAGCUCAUGGAGCUUGCCGAGCACAAGAACUGCUUCGGUGUCAAGCUCACCUGCGCCAUGAUCGGCAAGGGUCACCGUCUCGCCGUACACGUGCAAUCGGAGCAAUACCUCAAGACCCAUGGGUCUCGUCUCCAGGCGGUCUCCGAGGCCGGCUUUGCCAUCCUUCCCGGAUUCUCCGAGUCCCUCCUCCCCGCCCUCGUGUCCCGCCACACUGGAUGCAUCACCGGUACCGGAAACAUCUUCCCCAAGACCAUCCGGAAGCUCUACGACCAGGCAGUCAAGGGUCUCAAGGGCGAUGCCGCUGCUCUUACCGAGGCCAUGUCUCUCCAGGACAGAAUCGCACGCUCAGACUUCAUCAUCGUGAAGGCCGGUGUCCAGGGUACCAAGUACGCUUUGGACCACUUCGUCGAGAAGGGCAUGGGUGGGAUCGCGCGGUCGCCCCUGGGCCCCGUUUCGGAUGCGACCAAGAAGAUGGUCGAGACGGACCUCAAGGAGGACUGGGAGUUCGAGUCCAAGUUGUAA